AUGUCGUACUACGGAAACGGUGGAUACUCUCAAUACACCACUCACCAAUAUGGAACGCCAACUCAUAUGACUUCUGGAUACACUCACACCACUGUCACAGUUCAUUCCGAUGGCCAUCAUCACGGCCACCACAAUCAUUCACUCCAUCAUGAUUUGAGCCAUCACGGACACCACGGACAUCAUCAUCAUGAUCAUCACCAUGGUGGCCAUCACUAUGAUCAUCAUCAUCACCAUCACCAUGGACACCACUGA